AGUUGUUUACUGCUGACAUAACCCGGUUGCCCCUACACUAGUUACUCAUAGCGCCGUUGCUUUUUAUUUCUCACGAGACCCUGGUGGAUCAAACAAACGCCGAUUCUUACUGGGGCGAGGAAGAGGGGAGGUUUGUUAUUAUUGUUGUUUAUGAUUUAUGACUGCUCAUCUCGACCUGCGCUGACGGCGGAGUUGACGGUGGUUUCGAUUUCUUUUCUUUUUAUAUUAUUUUCUUUUCUUUCUUUCCUUUGUUCUUUUUAUUUUUUACUAUUUUUUAUUUUGUUUUUUAGUUCCCCACACGGCGAAAGGCCUUGGAACGUGUCAAAUCAGCAGACACCGUCAGCCCCCCGUAAUAAUACGCGGCCGGCGCCAUAACACCACAUAAUAAGCGUAAUAGGAGUCGUAAUAACCCAGAAUAAUAAUGAAGAA